GCUAUCUAACAUAUCAAGCCAAGCACAGUGAGAACUCAACAGCGUAACAGUAUGGGAACUUAUCCUGCUGCGUUCUACGGUCUGCGAACAUUCCUCCCGCUGAUUUGGUAAUGGACCAAAGGAAGAAUUUUUGAUGAUUCCACCAUCCGUUUACUGUAGAUUCAUUAACAUUCAGACUUGAGACAACGUUUAAAAGUCUACUCAUGUUGCUGGACAAAAGCUAUAGACACAAGAGAACAUUUCAGUUGAAUCAACUCCCUUCUUUAAUCAGUGAUGUCCACCGGGAAGGACAAACGUUCCUCCCAACACCGCCAUUGACCCCCACGAGUCACCAUGGAGCAUCACUCCCCUUCAGUCUGACAACGGUAUUACUUCCGACAUCGAGUAUCACUUCUUCAGUCGUGCCAAAAACACUUUCUUCUGCAACGUUCAUUACUCCAUCACUCGAUGCAAGAGAAAUAUCUUCAAUAGAAUCUGUAUCUCCAUCCGUCGAAUCAACAACGUUACCUUCCGUUGAUCGAUCGAGCUUGAAAAUAGUGCUUCCUUCAUCCAAAUCUUCCACUACGCCUUCCAUUCCUAUAUCUAAUAGACAAGCAAGCUCGCGUUAUGUUCCCACGGUCAAUUAUCCUAGAAUGACCAACUUCCCUGUCCCUUUUACCUUACAGUUGAAUUGGCUGUCUGCGUCAAGCCCAGUUAGCCCAACUUCACAGAUAGGAAAAGUGCAUUCAUUUGAUAGUCAGUUUUCUCGUCUUGGUAAUUUGUUUUAUAAACAGUUGAAUCAAAAUCCUUCCCUAUCGAACAGUGGAAGAAAAAAAUUUGACUUUUCUCGUCUUGCUGAGUCAGCGACAAGCCAAGAGGAAACUGAAACUCGGAAUGACCUGAAAGGAUGGUGCAUGACUAGAAGAACUACAAGAGAUCAUUUGUCACCCCUGAAGAAAGCAGAGUUUAGCAAGCCUUUACAGUUUGGUUUAAAUGACUAUUUAUCAAGCAUGCCCACCUUACAGCCAUUGAGCCCAUUUCUUGUAAGCCCACAAUACACUCCGUCUUUACCCAGUCGCACAGAUUGUCUUCCUGGACUUAUGGAAACAACUAACUUCUACACCCGUCGAAUGACAUCUUCGCGCACUAAGAAGGAAUUCAUCUGCAAGUAUUGUCAACGAAGGUUUACCAAAUCCUACAACUUACUGAUUCAUGAACCUGAUGAACGCCCUUACACCUGUGAUGUAUGUCAGAAAGCUUUCAGAAGACAAGAUCAUCUCAGAGACCACAGAUACAUUCAUUCGAAGGAAAAACCGUUCAAGUGUUCAGAGUGUGGAAAAGGCUUCUGUCAGUCUAGGACUUUGGCGGUUCACAGGAUUCUCCACGUGGACAGUUCUCCUCAUAAGUGCCCUACCUGUGAUCGUGUUUUCAAUCAGAGGAGCAAUCUGAAAACACACCUUCUCACUCACACCGACCUCAAGCCUUAUAACUGUAGUCUCUGCAGCAAAAUAUUUCGUAGAAAAUGUGAUCUUCGUCGUCAUAGCUUAACACAUAAACUGUAAAGUGGGGAUCAAUUUUCCAUCAGUGAGACUUAAACUCACCGGUCAGCGCUAUGAAAAAAACAACACUGAAAGACAAAGCUCUUCACAAACAGUGCAUGGAUGACAUUUAUUUGUCACAACUGGUUGUUUGUCAGAUGAUAUAUAUAUAAGCAAAACACAAUAAAUUAGAAGUUAAUACUUUUUACAUAUGUAUUUUUCAUAUACACUCAAAAACAUUAUGUAAAAAAAUUGAUUUGUUGAACUAUUGACGAUGGACUUGAUUACAAAAUAUGAGGAAUCGAGAAGAUAUCGAUAUGAGUAAUCAUAUAUCAUUCUCUUACGUGUACUCCAGUGCGUUCACGGUGAGCACGAGCUUAAGCAUCGUAUUUACUUGUACAAAGACACGAAAUAAAGCAGUUUCCUGUGAACAGUA